UCCAAGUUGGUCGUGAAACGCGCGCGACGCACGCUCUGUACGGUUGGCCGUUACGUGGUAUAUAACAAUACAAGUCCCAUCACUCUCAGAGGGCACCAAGACUGUCGUCUGAUGAAGAUCUGAUUCUGGGCUGACAACUGUUGGAGUUGUGAAGAAAGGCAGAUACACUGUGACAGUGAGUUUAAACGCCGUGUGAAACUUGUGUUUUGUGCUUCUGAGUAACUGUUAUGUUCGUUCAUGCAUUGACUGCUUCUUCCUAACUGGAUAUUUUUUGUGUUGUUGUUAUAUAGAUAAUGCAUUUCUCUGCCUAACAACCGUCCUACAACGAUGAAGCCUCUUUCGAAGUUGAUUUCAGUGUUCUGUGUGUUGUGUAUAGUGAACAUCUCCGAUUGCGCGAGAUGGGCCCAUUCAGCCUAUCUCAGUCCGGAUUAUCGUCUGUUGUGGUCUUUGGGUCCGGGACCGCAAGAUAUCACGUUCGAGUUACAAGUGAGGACGCUGGGAUAUGUAGGGUUCGGAUUUUCAAAGGACGGUAGGAUGGCCGGAGCGGAUAUGGUUGUCGGAUGGGUUGAUCAUGGACAAGUCUAUUUUCAGGACCGCCAUGUCAAGGACUCAGCCGGAAGUGCAAUAGACAGAGAGCCGGAAGUAGAUCCCAGCCAGGAUUACCAACUUUUAUUGGGAUACGAGAACAACACUCACACUGUGCUGAGAUUCAGGAGGAGGUUGGAUACGUGCGAUCACCAUGAUAUUCCAAUUACUAACGAUACGAUGAGAAUUAUUUGGGCUUUUCACGAAUCCGAACCAAUGGGAGGAGCUGUGGCCCCUAAUUCACUCCCGCAACAUGAUAUGACUUCAAGAGGGAGCCAGUCGCUCUAUCUGGUUCAGAGAGCAGACCAAGAUGCUCCUGGUCCAGAAGAAACAGCGAGAAUUUGGGAACUACGCAAUAACGCAGCCGAACCUCCUUCACCUGGGGAAACAAUAUACUGGUGUAGGGUAUUCAGAAUACCAACCAUCACCAGGAAACAUCACUUGAUUAGAUACGAACCUCUCCAAAGCAUCAACGGCGGUAAUGGCCUUCAACACGUCGUCUUGUACGAAUGCCAAGACAAUGCAGCCGUUGAAAAAUUGGCCGAUGAACCCGGUCGUCAGUGUUACGAGUCACAUGCCCCGCCUCUAUCCUGCAAUACUGUAGUCGCCAGUUGGGCCAGAGGUUCCGAAGGUUUUAGCUUCCCUCCCGAAGCUGGCUACCCCUUAGACGCACAGAACUCCCGAUUUUAUUUGAUGGAGACCCACUACACUAGUCCUCUAGAUGGAAGCAUCAGCACCUUAGAUGGCUCUGGACUGAGACUAUAUUACACGCCAGAGCUCAGAAGACAUGAUGCCGGAGUAAUCUCUAUAGGUAUGGAUCCAAACUGGAGGCACAUCAUCCCGCCCGGCCAAGACAGGGUUGUUUCCUCCGGACAUUGUGUGUCAGCGUGCACUAGUCAGGCUUUUCCGGAAUCCGGUAUCAAUAUGUUCGCCGUAGUGAUGAAAACGCAUAAGAUUGGCAAGCAAGUGGCGCUCAAACAUAUUCGUGGUAGUGUCGAACUUCCUCCAAUUGCUAGUGAUGAUAAUCUUGACUCUGAUUAUCAGGAGUACCGAAAGUUAGGUGUCCCAGUGCGAAUUGCUCCCGGUGAUCAUUUGAUAACGCAGUGUACUUACAACAGUUCUGGAAGAUCUGCAAUUACUCUCGGUGGUUUGACUAGUCGAGAAGAAACUUGUCUGGUGAUGGGACUCUACUAUCCAAAACAGAAAAACCUGGCCGCUUGCCACAGUUUGCCCAGUUUGCCAACAGUUUUGCAUUCGUUGGGAAUUCAAGAACUUAGUCCGGGUUCAAAUCCAAUUCGAAUAACAGCUCCACCAGAGCUUGCUGGGAUGACCCUAGAAUCAAGGCUCGUUUCAUACGACUGGGACAGACAAUUUCAAGUUUUCCAAGACGCGACAAUGAAAGGAUCCUUCAAGCCCAUAUGUUGGACUGCGCAGUCCACUAUAUUACCGGGUACCGAUAAAGAGUCACACUACCCAAACAUAUCAAAACCAUACGUGAAGCAUGUCAUCGAUCAAUGCAACUAUAGGAAGUACAGCACCGAAGGUUGGCCCGGCGGUACACCAAUCAUAGAACUGGACGGCAAUCACAUAGAGGGCGCUGCGAGAAGCAAAGUCUCCAGAAGCAGCAGUCCUGCAGUAGAAGAAUCUUUGAGUCUGAGCAGGUUCAACUCUGCUGCAACAUAUUCUUCAAGUGGAAUCGUCAUUGUGUUAUCAGUGAUGUUGAUGUGGUUCAACCGCUGAGUCGUAGUCUCGUGCACAGAACAGUUUUAUUUCUGAGUGACGAUUUUCCGUGAUUUGUUUUCGAGUCAUGUUUUUACUAGUCCGACUGGCCAGAGGUUCGAACACUGUUGAAACGAACUGAAAGAUAUGUGUUACGUUUAAACAAGUACGACUGUUUUGCUGAAACGUUCGAGAGUUUAAUUGUUCAUUCCUGCAUCCGACGCAUAUUUCUGUUAUUCUAUUCCCGGGUAGCCUGAAGUGUUGGUUUAUUAUUUAUUAGCUUGAACCUGGAAUAAUAGAGGAAUUGGAAAUGCGACGGUAACUGGAUCCAGUAACUUGUGUAUUAUAUAUAAAACCGUAAUUUGGUCGUGGAUAAACAUGUCAUGUUCCCUUGGCUUUAUUGUGUAACUUCCAUAUACAAGCCUAUUCAAAUAUGAGUCUAUUCGUGGGAACUCUGUAAAUAGUGAAAGAUAAUGAUGGCAAAAUAUUUAAUCUAGUUCAUUUCGUUAUAGGGACAUACAGGAAAAAUUAUAAACUGGUUGUACCUAUCUAAACAUUCUCAUGUGAGUUAAUAGAUUGUUAUCAGAUUAUAAAAUAUUAAUAAAAUUUUCAAUUUAAAAUAUGAAGAAGCCAUAAUCUAGAUCAUAUCUAAUUUGAAGAUGGCAGUUGAUAAAUGGGUUAAUUAUGAGCAUUUAGAACGGCACCUCUAGAUGUUCAUAGUUGUCAUGCUACAUUUUCUCCCUUUUGAAAGUUUAGUAUCUAGUUCAAUACUUACAAAUUUUUCGAAGGUUGGUGUAUUCAAUGACCGUUUUACAACAAAAUAUCCCAUAUAAUAGGUACUUUAAAAAAAUACAGAUGUAAAGUGUGCUGAACAUAUUGAUAGCCCACUGAAACUAUUAGGGGCGAAUAUCUCUGGGAAUAAAUUUUUCCUGAAAAAAAAACUAUAGUUUUUUUGCUAUAAUUCAAUGAACAUUUUUGAACAAGAAACUUUCCUAAUUCAACUGACAUGCAGAGAUUUGAAUUUGAAGACCUUUUUAUAGAUUUUAAAAUAUUUUAUUAGUUUCAAAAUACUUCUAUCGACAGAUGAAUUCGAUGAAAUCUAAUAUUUACACAUUAUGUGAUGUCACGUAGAAACAAUUUUCUGUGAUAGUUCAAGAACAAUCAAUCAUGCUGGUGUUUGAAAACUAUACACCAAUACUCUCGAAUGUUUAGGCAUAAAUUAAGUGAAAAAUGUGUAGCGGAAAACUGAUGCUGAAAAAGACAAAGUUUCAAAUUGCCGCCGCGUUAUGGUCUGUGAUGCAAGUAGAUAUAAGCACUUUUUGAUAUUCUGUUUCUUCUACUACUCCACGUAGUUUCUACUGUUGUUAUUAUUAUACCCACCCUCUCCCUCAUUGUUUAUAAAAUCACAUGAUGAAAAAACUUAUAUUCAUGUGGUUUGGGAAGGCAAAAUACACAAACUCCAUAAAAUGUCAACAAUUUUUGUAUUUUAUUUCUACAAAGUGUUAUCCGAGUUAUCAGAGAUAUGAAUUAUUCAAUUGUUCUUCAUUAAAACUUUCUUUCAUUGAUAGUGAGACAGAGAUAUAAUAUAGAACAUCAUAAGAUUAAAAUUGAAACACUGAUAUUUUUUAUUCUUCAAAAAGCCCUCCUGAACCAAAUGUUUUCAUCAAGUAUUACUUCCUUCAUUAUUGGGUAUGUUUUGUAUUUAUAUGUAAAUUCUAAAAGAUUUUCUUGUAUAUUUGUAGUUUGACUGGUGCUAUAUAUAGUUUUAUCCUUUGUAAAUGUAUUGUAUUUAAUUUAUUAUCAAUAUCGUUUAUUCGUUAGGGAAAGAAAAUUCUUGUACAGUGUAGAUAUCCUGUGUAAUAUAUUUUAUAAAUAAAUCUCCAUAACGAAUGAAUAAAUAUCUAGCAAUAAUAUUCA